AUGGUGAACCCGAAUUUCUCGAAUGGGUCCAACCGGACCCUUAAGAAUUACUUCACACCCACUGAAUAUACAUCACUAUCAUGCAUUCAGUUACCCGACACCACCGCUGCUCAUUGCUCAGCUCUUGUUUUUUUAUUUGCUACCAGUGAUUUGCUUGUCAGAUCAACAAUUGUUGAUAAAGAGAUCAUACUGCCAAUUAGUGUUCUAUCUUCUUGGUCAAUUCCUUCAAUGGUUGAUGGCCUGAAACCAGGUCAAAGGAAGAUCCUUUUCUGUUCUUUCAAGCGCAACUUUGUGAAGGACGCAAAAGUUGCUCAAUUCUCUGGUUAUGUAUCUGAGCAUUCAGCUUACCAUCAUGGUGAGCAGAGUCUUGCCAGUACCAUCAUUGGCAUGGCACAGGAUUAUGUGGGCAGCAAUACCUUAAACCUGCUUUUACAUUUUUAUUCCAGAACUAAGGCAGCGUACUUCGGUGCCUUCACCCUAUCGCAAGCUUACUUUGUGAAUUGCAGUCAUAGAAGAAUUAAUGAGUUGAAGACAGACAUUGAUGUUCCUGAUGACGUUAUUAAUCAAUUCAAGAACUUCUGGUUGAAUUUCAAAGAUACACCUUUAAAAGGGAGGAAUGCCAUUCUGCGAGGUAUAUGCCCACAGAUUUUUGGACUCUUUACUGUAAAGCUUGCAGUUGCAUUAACACUUAUUGGAGGUGUGCAACAUGCUGAUGCUUCUGGGACGAAAGUUCGAGGAGAGUCUCAUUUGCUUCUAGUUGGUGAUCCAGGUACUGGAAAGUCUCAAUUCUUGAAGUUUGCUGCUAAAUUGAGCAAUAGAUCAGUUAUUACUACUGGUUUGGGAAGCACUAGUGCUGGAUUGACAGUUACUGCAGUCAAGGAUGGAGGGGAAUGGAUGUUGGAAGCUGGGGCCCUUGUAUUAGCAGAUGGUGGUCUUUGUUGCAUAGAUGAAUUUGACAGCAUGAGGGAACAUGACAGGGCAACGAUACAUGAAGCAAUGGAGCAGCAAACUAUAAGCAUUGCCAAGGCUGGUCUUGUGACAACUCUCAGUACUUGGACAAUUGUCUUUGGUGCAACAAAUCCCAAGGGACAGUAUGAUCCCAAUCAACGUAUCUUUUUGUCACUUUGUCUUUCAUAUUUGGAAUUUACCCCCACAAAUUACUGUUACCUGAUUAUAUCGGUUAUUGCUCACCUAUAAAAUGUCCAGUCAUUUAGUCCGUAGUCACCAUCGUCGUCCAAUUUUUAAAUGGACAUAAAUGUGAACAGUAACCAAACUUGGUGCAUUCAUAUCCCUUAGUGUCGGUCUUUUAGUUGAUUAUUCUCAAUGGUCCAUUUGGGCACACCAGGAAAAGAAGAGGUUGUGAAAGCAAAUAAAGCACAAACACUUGUGUAAAAAGAGAUUGGUAGCAUGCUUGUUUAAAUUUCAAGGCACUUCUGGUAUGUACAAUAUGAUAUUUUUAAAUUUCACCCAUUGGUUUUUGUUUUGUGUUUUUCUAUAUGUUUUGCAUAUUUGAGUAUAAGUAGUGAAGUGCUGGCUUGUGAGGUCCACUUAUUGACUAUAAAAUAGAUGGCCUGUCUUUCUGCAUAUGGCAUCAUACUGGGUGCAUCAUCAAAAAAUAAAGUUUCAUCUAUAAUUACAUAACAAAUAAUUUCAUCUAACAAAUCCUUCAUCUACAAAUGCAUAACAAAUCCUUCAUGUAUAUAUGCUUUUAUGUGGGAAUUAAUUUUGAUCAUAAUAAUUAAAACUUAACUCACAUGAAGAUGGCUACUAUAAGAUUAGUUCAAGCUUGAAUUAAUUUUGCAAUGACCUACUCAAGCUUCUCAGUAGACUUGCCCUACUUGAUACUUCAUGCAAUACUUUCAAAAUUGUCAUGAUGGCUAAAGGUAAUGGUUGGCCAUGGCAAGUUAUUAUCUUACUUCGAUGAUGAUUUCAAGAUG